GAACACUCUCGAAGCAUAUUUGAGACUAACUCAUAGAGAAAGAGAGAGAGAGAAAAAUGGCUGAUACAAGUGGAGGAGAUGCAGUGAGACCGGUGGUAAUAUGUGAUAACAAGUGUGGCUGCACAGUUCCAUGCACUGGUGGUUCCACUUGCAGUGUUUCACAUGCAUGCAGGUGCACAAAUGCCGGCAUGACAACUGGAGGCGGUGAUCACGUGACAUGCUCGUGCGGAGAGCACUGUGGGUGCAAUCCAUGCUCAUGUCCCAAGACUGCGGCUGCUGGAACUGGUUGCAGAUGCGGCACAGAUUGCUCAUGUGCCUCUUGCCGCACUUAACAUCAUACCUUAAUUAAGUCUUAAACUUCACAAAUCUUGAAUGUGCUUUAAAUCUAGCUAUGUACUAGAUAGUCUCGUUCAAUAUUAGUGUUCAAAUUGUGGACGUGAUUUCUAAUAUUAGUCUACUACUCUAUAUGUAGAGGCCUUUCUUUAUGUGGAAUAGGUAUAACAUGCUGUUAUGCCCGUUUUGUACUUGGAAACUAUCUUAUAAUGAAUAAGAAUAUGUGAAUUUUGAGUAUUA